AGCUAAAUAUUCAUGAGUUUUAUGUGUAAAUUUUUGUAUGAUCAGAAAACCGUUUUUUAACAAAAUUCAUUAGUUGUAAUGAAACCACAACCACAACCGCAACCACCACCGCGACCACCACGUAGAGAGAAAAGGAUUCGUCGUGAUACGAAUCGUGGACAAUGGAAUUCGAAAGCUGAAUUUGUGCUCUCGCUGAUUGGCUAUGCGAUUGGCAUUGGCAAUGUUUGGCGGUUUCCCUAUCUCUGCUAUCGCAGUGGAGGCGGCGCUUUCCUGGUGCCCUACAUGCUGAUGGUCAUUCUUUGCGGCAUUCCCCUCUUCUACAUGGAAGUGCUAAUUGGCCAAUUCUCGGGCACCGGCUGCACGGGCAUGUUCCGUCUGGUGCCCAUCCUCAAGGGCACCGGCUACUGCAUGGUUGUGGUCAAUGCCUACUGUGUGUGCUACUACUCCGUCAUCAUCUCGUAUCCCAUACGCAUGCUCUACUAUUGCUUUUGGAAGACUGUACCCUGGUCCACUUGCGAUCAUCACUGGAACACGCCCAACUGCACGGCCAUUGAGGAUCUGCACAAUCACGUGGGAGAAACCCUGAAGACGUCUUCGGAUGAGUUUUUUCAUCUUGAAGUGCUCCGUAUCUCGAGCAGCAUCGCAGAAUUAGGGACCAUGGUGUGGGGGCAACUGCUCAGCUUAUUCAUCACCUGGCUCAUUAUCUACCUCUGCGUGGUGCGCGGUAUCAAAUCGGUUGGCAAAGUUGUCUAUUUUACUGCUCCGUUUCCGUAUCUGCUCUUGACCAUACUCUUCAUACGUGGCGUCACUUUGCCUGGAGCUGCCAGUGGCAUCAAGUUCUUCAUAUAUCCACAGUGGGAUCGUCUCUACGAUCUGAAGGUGUGGUCCGAUGCGGCCAUACAGAUGUUCUUCGGACUUGGACCCGGUUGGGGCGGCAUUGUCAACAUGGCCAGUUUCAAUAACUUUCGCAAUAGUGCGAAAUUUGAUUCGUUUCUCGUCGUAUCGGUGAAUGUAUUCACAAGUAUUUAUGCCGGCUUUGUGGUCUUCUCUGUUCUCGGCUUUCUCUCAGAGCAAUCUGGCAUUCCGGUGGCUACAGUUGCCACCUCAGGCGCUGGACUUGCCUUUGUCACGUAUCCGCAGGCCAUCUCCAUGCUGCCCUUACCCCAACUUUGGGGUGUUUUAUUCUUCGUCAUGCUCUUUAUACUGGGCAUUGACAGUGUGUUUGUCCAGCUGGAGGCCAUCACCACCUCGAUACUGGAUGAGGUGGAGGUGCUGCGAAACCACAAAUGGAAGGUUACUCUUAUUCUAUGUAUAUUUUUCUUCAGCAUGUCAACCAUUAUGUGUACCAACGCUGGUAUGUUUAUUUUGCAGCUGUUCGACUGGUAUUCCUCAGCCUUGGCCAUCAUUGUUGUCUGCCUGGUGGAAGUCAUUAUGGUAGCCUUUAUCUAUGGCAUCGAUAAUUUUAUGACCGAUGUCGAGUUCAUGCUGGGCAAGCGUCCUGCGCUCUUCUGGAAAAUAGCGUGGAAGUACAUAACGCCCAUAGUUUUAACCUUUGUACUCUUCACGAGCAUUAUUUUUUUACGCAAAAUCACGUAUAAUGGAAUCGAGUAUCCCACCUGGGCAGUUGCAAUUGGCUGGCUGAGUUUCGUAUCCUCGAUUAUAUUGAUACCCCUAUAUGUUGUCUACAUUAUGAUUAUCAAACGGGAUACUCUGAAAGACAGCCUCAAGAAGCGACUGAAGCCCCUCGAUUGGACCCCGGCAGAUCCAGAUGAUCGGGCCGAUUACGAUGCAUUCAGACGAGAACGCAAAAUGCCAGCAUUCAUGUCAGACACUGAAGCAUAG